ACAGUCAAGAAGAAUCUUGAAGUGGUAUGAGAGGCUUUUGCACACUGAAACAGAGGAGAAAAAUGCUCCGUCUGCAGAGAGUCGAAGGGAAUUGCUAUGAUCCAUCUCUACAACCAGAAAAAAUUUUGCUAAAACCGACUGUCACUCGUCUCGGACGCAGUGAUGAAUAUUCAGAUGUUGUUAUUGACAGUGUGAUAUCUCCUUUAAUGAUCAGUCGUGUUCACGCUGAAAUUCAAUUCAGCAAUGGAAAAUUCAGAAUUGAUUGUAAAGGACUGAACGGGCUGCUAGUCAACAAAACAAAGCGUAGCUCUGCUGUCCUAUGCGAUGGUGAUGUUGUUGUCUUUGGAGGUGCUGGCGUUAAAACGAAAGAAGGACAGAGUUUGUCAGCUUACGAUUCGGAGCUUGUGUAUGUUUUUAAUGAGGUCUGCCAGAAUGAUUCUGAAGAAGUGGGCUCCCUUGGGGAAGGAACAAGCGAUGGAAGCGUGCGAAGGCGAAGCAAACGGAAAAAGCCCGCAUCACUAAGUGAAGGAGUGAGGUAUGGGUACACUAUAACUCUUAGAAGUAGGGGUAGUAAUGAUGGAGAGUAGGGUCGCUUGACUUAGAAAAGGAGUGUAGGGUACUAGAAAGAGAAAUAAAUACUCUGGAAAAAAAUUUCAAGGGGGUGAUGUGGGUUGAGAUCAUAGAAAUUACAACAACCUCUUGCCUCUUUCGCUUCCUUAGCAGAUACUUUUUUGUCUGUAACUCGUAAGCGGGAUCAAGAUCAUAUCCCAGUUUUUUAUUAUUAUAUGAUUUUGCAUGAAGACUAUCAUCUUUCUUCCAAGGGUCAAAUAUACAUUUUCCCCAAAGGUGUAGGGGCAUCUUCAUAUCUUAAGUUGGGGGGCCUGUUUCUUGAAUUACUGUCCCAGUAACUUAACAGGCCCCAAACCAUAUUUUAAAGUCAAUAUUUAAAGCCAAUAGAGAAGCAGAUUCUGACACCCUAACCAGUUCAUUUUUAAUAUUUUGUUGAUAGUUGUAUUGUAUAAUUUUCACAACUUUUGAAACCGUCAUCUUGAAUGAAAACAGACAGCUGUACAGGCCUCUUAAGUUACCAGGAUCUUCCAGAAACAGGUUCCCACUCAUUACACCUCUUUAACAUAACCAUUUUGUUGUAUGUGUUCCUAAAAUCAAGUUCCAGUCUGCUACAAAUAAGACCAAGUGUCAAGACCUAAUCUGAACUUCCUAUUGAAUGCUGAUAGGCCUGUCAAACUUCUAAUAUUUUUGUAAUUUUCAGCUCUCCAUGUGAAAAGAAGACUAAAGGCAGCAUGGACGAUAAGCAGGUAGAUAAACUUGGGCUUCUGAUUUAAUGAUUAUCAAGAGGCAAAUUACUUUUUUUAUAUCAUUUUUAAAGAAAAGGCAAAGAGAAAACAAAUUACAGACUAUAAUAAUCAUUUCUGGAAAUCCAAGAGUUAAAAGAGAUGAAUUUUACAUUUUAUUAGGAUUAUCAAUUUCUCAGGGUAUCAUUGAGUGAAGUACAUUGUGUUCUGUGGCAUGUAUCAAAACCAUGAAUAUUCUUUUCCAAUCCCAGGUUUUUGAAGUUGAUCAAAAAGCUGAUCCACAGGAAGAAGUAAACAUCACUGAAGGUAAAUUUAACUCCAAGAAGUGAAUUAAACUGAACUUUAUCUUAAUAUGUAAUGUUACAAAUGUAGGAUGCAACUUUCCACUGAAGGCAUCUGUCUAUUGUUGAAGGGAUGUGAAGAAAAAAGCCCUUAAUGCCACUUUUGAUAAAAAAGAGUAAAUUAAGUAUUUUUGCAAGCAAAGUGACCCAACUAGUGGGUUACCCCCAGCAUUUUAUCAGGCUUCCCUGAAAAUUAUCUGGUACCCAGUUAUACUCCUCUUACUUUUGAUUUAAUGCUACAUGACUUUGUAUAUUCUCCAUCAAAAUUGCAAGUAUUCCUCCAACAAAAGUCUGGGAGAAAAUUAUUAUCAAUUGCAUUAAUGGUUACAUAGCCAGGGCUCAUGUUAAAUUUUUAUUUCAUUUAGUAGAUGAAAGCAGAUCAAAGAAGUGCUUGAAAGAUUUAAAUGAGGAGCUACUUUGUUGUAUCUGUCGUGAACUGAUAGUAUUGGUGCACACUUUGCCUUGCUCACACACUUUCUGUUUUGGUUGUAUCAGGGACUGGCUUUGGUGAGACAUAUCACGGAGCAUUUUUUUAGUUCUAAAGUCAUCUUAACCUGUAACCUUUUAACCCCUAAGGGUGAUUAGCAUCUAAUUUCUCCUUACAAUAUCACCCUUAAAUCACACAUUAAAGCUGUGAGAAUAAAGGAAACAACCAGCAACAUAAGAAGUAUUUGAUUGUGAAACAAAUUCUCCUUGUCAGCACCUUUGGGAAUGUAUAGAGAACAGUAUGGAGAAUAUGCACAGUGAUGUUAGAGUGUAAAGGUUUAAGGUAAAUCUGUUUGGCCAUUUGAAAUGAUUUGACAGCACAUCAUUCAAGCACACAGGAAAGUAGGAUGUUUUGAUUCAGAAAUAACAAAAUAGUCAUAGGUCAAACAGAGUCAUUAUUUCAUUAAAACUUAUUAGUUCACUUGUUUUUGCGAAGAAAAGAACCUUCAUACAACUGAUGUGUAAUCUUCAAUUACAAAGGCAUAAUGUGUGGACUCUAUCCUAUUGGUUCUUAAAUUGAGCUUCUAACCAAUCACAUUUGAGAAUUUUAUUUCAGUUUGAUUCACUAAUGUGAUUGUAUUGAUUGAUAUAAUUGAAAGAGUGCUAAGAAUAAAAUGACAUGUUAAUGGAGCAAAAAGUAUUAAAGUUAUUUUUCUUGUUUUCUACUUAGUCAUUCAAAAGACUGUCCAAACUGUAGAGCAAAGGCUCAACUCAAGUCUGCUGUACCAGUGAAGGUGAGUGAAUCCUUUACACCCUAAAGUGCUGACAAGGAGAAAUUGUUGAACAAUCAAGGGCUUCUUUAGUCAGUGAUUAUUUCCUGUAUUUUUAUGACCUUAAUGUGUGAUUCAGGGAUGAUAUUGUAAGGAGAAAUUAGAUGCUUGUUACUCUUAGGGUUCAAAGGGUUAUCAGUUGGAGGGGUGAUUAGAAAGAGCCUUAAGGUUAUUUUUUAUGGAACACCAACUUCUUCUUUCUUUUUUGUGAGGUAAUACAAAACAAUGUGGAAGGAGAAUCUUGUAGUUCAUCACAAGUCAUUUAAGGCUUUUUUUUCUCUCCACUUCAAUUUUGCUUGCGCAGUUAGUGAAAGUUAAGGUGAAUUGUAUUCUAUAAGACAUUCUCAUGUUAUUUAAGGGUAAUGUUUUGUCAGAUUGUAGCAUCGUAGAAUAGAGGUGGAUUUUAAACACUGUACUUGAGAUGCAUUUCCUUGUCUGUCAAGACCAGUCUGUGUCAGGUCUAGAUGCAUUCUCUGCAAGUUUAACAUGCAUAUUUUUGUGCUCUUAUCAGUGAACUGCUCUAUAAACUUACUCAAUGACUCAAUUCUUAUUCACAUGUAAACAAUUCUUUUUUUCAUUUCUGUGACAUGCCCUGUGUUUUGCUUAUUGGAGACAAGAGUUUAAUUGUAAUGAUAGUAAACAAUUUUUUUUUUUCAUUUCCGUGACAUGCCCUGUAUUUUGCAUAUCAUAAACAAGAAUUUAAUUGUAAUGAUAAUUGAUAAGUGUUAAGCUUUCUGUUUGACCUUUCAGGUGCUAGACAAUACAAUAAACAAAGUAGCAGAAGAAGUUCUUUCUCCAGAGGAACUUGACGAAAGGCAGCUAAAAAUUCAGGUGAUUUGAAACAACAACCUUCAACUUUUGCUUUUGCAGUUAAGUUUUGUAUUAGAUCUUUUAAUAAACAAAUUCUAGUGAACUGAACAUAUUUUUCUCAUAGCAUUUUCUCCUCUUUCUAACAAAAUUAGAACAAAUAGUUAACAAUAUAUUUCACCUCAGUGGAGGUGAACAAUGGUGGAUAUUUACCUUGCCACUCAGUGGCCCCAUUAAUAUCCACCACUAUUCACCAACACUGAAGUGAAUAUAUUUUUUCAGAAACCAAAAAGAGUAGUUUAUUUCUGUCAAUAUUAUAACGAAAAAGGGUUAAAAGUUGAUUUUGUCUCUUUGCCUGCUUGGCAGUGAAUAUUACUUGCUGAUUGCUUCCCAAAAAAUGAAUCAGCGCACAUGAAAUGCACUAUUCACUUGUGUGGUAUUUUCAGACAAGUGAUAUUUGUGAAUGUAAGAUUCUUUGUGAACUUUGUCAACUCUGUGUACCAGUAUUACUUUUUUUAUGUCAUUUCACUUUGGUUUAUAGGAGAUGAGCAAAGAAGCCAAAAAGAAAAAUGGGAAGAAAGUUGUGCCUGUUUCAUCAACCAGGUCAGGGCUGGUUGUUUUUUUGUUUUUUGUUUUUUUGUUAAGGAAACUUUUUGACUAAACAUAAAGAAUAUAUCAUAUAUUUCUUCAUUUCACCCCUUAACUCCCAGAUCAAGGUUGUAAUUCUCCUUAUUGUCAACCAUACAAUACUUAUAAUGUAAGUUCAGAGAAUUUAGUAUUGGAUCAACUAAUUAUUCCCAAAUUGAUAUUUUGCUUUAUUCUCAUCACUUUCUGGUUGAUAUUGUAUUGAUAUUGUAAGGAGAAAUUCUGUCUUGGUCACUCAUGGGAGUUAAAUGGUUAAAAUUUGGUUUUGAAUUUUUUUGGUUUCAAUUUAGUGAUAGUGAAAGUGAAGAUGAUGAAAGUGAAUCUGUGCAAGAAAGUAAUGACAGUGACGAUUACUCAGAAGAGGUAAUGUUGAUUAAAGUUAUUUUUGUCAUCAAGUUUUUUGAUACUCUUUCAAAACAGUUCCAAGUUCCUCCCUCCCAUCUUCUCUUGGCCCCAGUCUAUGCAAGUCGGUAGACCAAGGGGACUGUGCUCCAUCUUGGGUGGGAAGGAGGGCCAAAAUAUCUCUGCAAGGGUAUGGAGAGCUAAACGUUACUGGAAUUGUUACGCAAGCCGCCUGCUGAUUAUAAGAGAUUAAAAGUCUUUGUGAAUGCGCGCUGAGUUCUUUGUUUUGUCUCUCUGAGAAAAUGACGUGCUCUAUAGUUUUUUAUUUAGGGUACUGCGCAUUUUCUUAUGUGAAAAGAUGAUCUAUUUCGUACAUUUUGCCAGCAAUCUGUUUGAUCCCGGGGUAACGUUUGAUCGUGUAAUAUGAUCAUCUGGGAGAGGGUAUUCCUGAUAAGGAAUGUUGUAGUUAGUAAUGGCUGACCUUUCUGCGACCUGAGCAGAACUCAUCGUAAGAGUUGAAUAGAUUUGACUACACUCGCUAGGACCAUCAGACUACACGGUCAAACUUCUUAUUUUUUGUUAAUCAGCAUAUUGUUGAUUUAAUUAUUUUUCACUUCUUUGUCUAAGGAGUCUGAUUACAACGAUUAUUCUUAUGGUGUCGAGUAUGCCCGCAGUGGUCGUGCACUGUGCAGAACUUGCGAUAGUCUCAUUCCAAACAGGUAAUUUGUGGCUCCAAAUAAUACGUACUAUAAACAACCUCCCCCCUCCCCCCCACCUCCUUUUCGCCUCGUCCACUACGCACGUUGAUCUUUAGAUCCAUUUUCAAUGUAGCUCUUUAGAUUUUUAGUGCAAAGAAUUAUAGACGACGCUUCAGUACUGCUUAAUCCUUUAACCUCAAGCAGUGACCAACAUCUAAUUUCUCCUAAAUUAUUACCCCUGAAUCAAACGUAACGGUCACUAGAAUAAAGGAAAUGAUCACCAACUAAGGCAGCUCUUGAUUGUUAAACAAAUUCUCCUUGUCAGCACCUUGUGAAAUGUAUAGAUAACAGUAUAGAGAAUAUGCAUACUGAUCUUAGCAUGUAAAGGAUUAAACUAUAUGUCCUUUAAUCACAGGUCUCUAAGAUGGGUUGUGGCGUUCAGCACCCGACUUGGAUAUCGUCAGUACAGGCAGAAGUAUUACCACCAUUUAGAGUGUUAUUUACCUCCAGACCAUGUGACAUUUGAGAGGGUAAGUUGA